AUGGCGGACGACAGGCCCGAGAACGCGCCGGAGGCGUGCCCGGGAACCGCGAGCGCGCGCGCCGGGCGCGAGGCGUCGUGCGCGGGGUGUCCCAAUCGCGCGGCGUGCGCGUCGGGCGAGGCGGCGAAAGCGCGCGAGGGCACCGACGCGGACGCGACGCGCGUCGCCGAGCGCCUGCGCGGGGUGCGGCGAAAGAUAUUGGUGCUGAGCGGCAAGGGCGGGGUCGGGAAGAGCACGUUCGCGGCGCAGUUGGCGUUCGGGCUCGCGGGACGAGGGAAAGAGGUUGGACUGCUGGACGUGGACAUCUGCGGACCGUCGGUGCCGACGAUGUGCGGCGACGCGGAGGCGGAGGUGCACAAGAGUAACUCUGGGUGGUCGCCGGUGUACGUGGAGGAGAAUCUGGCGGUGAUGUCGAUCGGGUUCAUGCUGCCGAAUCGAGACGACGCGGUGAUUUGGCGAGGGCCGAGGAAGAAUGGUUUGAUCAAGCAGUUCUUGGCGGACACGGAGUGGGGGGAGCUGGAUUACUUGAUCGUCGACGCGCCGCCCGGGACGUCGGACGAGCACUUGAGCGUGGUGCAGUAUUUGAAGGAGGCGGGCGUGGACGGCGCGCUGGUGGUGACGACGCCGCAAGAGGUGGCGGUGGCGGACGUGCGCAAGGAGCUCAACUUUUGCAAAAAGACCGGCAUCAAGGUUUUGGGGGUGGUGGAAAACAUGUCCGGACUUCGCGUGCCCAUGCGCGAGAUGUCGUUCGUGAACGAGGACACGGGCGCGGAUGAGACGAGUCGCGUGCGCGAGCUUUUGGCGACGCACGCGCCCGAGCUCGCGGAUUCGCUCAGCGCGCGCACGGACGUAUUUGCGCCCUCGAAAGGCGGCGCCGAAGCCAUGUGCGCGCAGUUCAACGUGCCGUUUCUGGGUAAAGUUCCACUCGACCCAGCCAUCUCCAAGGCGGCGGAGCACGGCAAGAGCGUCUUCGAUCCCGAGCUUCGCGUCGCGUCGGCGGGCGCCGUCGCCGCCAUCGUGGCGGGUGUCAUCGCCGCCGCGGGCGAAUGA